AAGACAAAAAAAGAAUUAAAAAAACUGGAAAUGGAGGAAAAACGUUACAAAAAAUGCUUGAUAAAGCUAAAAAAAAAAAAGAAGGCGAUGAGCAAGAAGCGGCUGUUAAUGCUAAAAUGAAAAUUGUACAAGAGCAAAUAGAAGAGUUAUCAAAAGAGUUGGCUUCUCG